AUGCACUUCAAGCACCUCACUGCCGCACUCGCCACCUUGGCCGUGGGAGGUGCACUGGCAGCACCUGCACCAGUCAGCGGCGCUGCUCUCGAAGCCCGUGGCAAGAAGGAUGACUUCAAGCACGAUGGCGACUGGUGGGACGACAAGAAGCUGAAGGCUCGUGAUGAUGACGACGAUCACAAAGACCAUAAGGAUGGGAAGAAGCACAAGGACGGUUGGAAUGAUAAGCUUAAGAUCCGUGAUGAUUGGGAUGGUGAUUUCGAUGACAAGAGGCUCAUGGCCCGUCAUGAAGAUUGGAACUGGCGCAAGGGCUCGAAGGGCUGGAAGGACUAUGGCAACAAACUUGGGAAAUAUAAUCACGACAAGCGAGACAACGACGACGACUGGCGCGAGCAUUACAAUGAGUGGAAGGAUAAUGUUGAUAACUGGUUCGACGACAAGAAGAUCAAGGCUCGCGACGAUGAUCAUGACGAUGAUGAUGAUCACAAGAAGAAGAAGGAGAAGUAUGGGAGGCACGGCCGAUAUGGUGAUGAUGACGGACGUAACCGUUGGGACCAAUGGGACGAUGAUCGUGACUGA